AUGCCCCAGAGUACCGUUUCUACAAUUGUUAAAAAUAAGGAGAAAUGGCUUGCGAAAGAAAUUGGCCAUAAUCCUUUGGCUAAAAAGUUCAAGUCGGUGGCCGAUAUUCGAUUGGAACGGAGUAUGGAAAUCUUCGUUAACCAAGCGAGGGCGAGCAACUUGCCGUUAUCGGGAGCAAUAAUUCAAGAGAAAGCCCGAGCAUUUGCAACCCAACUUCAGCUUCCCGAAUUCAAAGGCAGCUCCGGAUGGCUGACAAAAUUCGUGAAGCGCCAAAAGCUUUCCUUCAAAAAGAUUUGCGGGGAAAGUGCAGCCGUUGAUACUGAGAUGACAGACGAGUGGGUGAAUAGCACGCUUCCGGGACUAAUCGAUGAAUAUGAACCACAUAACAUAUUCAACGCGGAUGAAACCGGUCUUUUUUACAAAUGCCUUCCCGACAAGACGUUCACCUUUCAAAAGGAAUCUUGCCAUGGUGGCAAGUUCUCGAAACAGCGACUAUCCGUCAUGUGUGCCGCUAACAUGGAUGGUAGUGAAAAACUACCAUUACUGGUUAUUGGCAAAAGCAAGAACCCCCGUUGCUUCAAAAACGUGAAGUCACUUCCGGUGCUGUACGAGAGUAACACCAAAGCCUGGAUGACGUCCUUAAUUUUUGAGAAGUGGCUUAUUGACCUGGACAAGAAAUUUGAAAUGGAGAAUCGUCAAGUGCUCAUGUUUGUCGACAAUUGUACUGCUCAUCCCAAAGCCGUGCAGGAGAAGCUCAAAUUUAUCAAGCUACAUUUCUUUCCACCGAACGCUACAUCCGUGUUGCAACCGUUGGAUCUGGGCGUAAUCAAAGCCCUGAAGCAUCACUACAGACAUUCAUUGGUGAAACAACGGAUUGACGAAAUGGAACAAAGAAAAGCGUUUACGGAAAUUACAGUCUUGGAUGCAAUCAACAUUUUGUCCAAGGCGUGGGCAGUGGAUGUAAAGCCAUCAACAAUAUCCAGCUGCUUCAGGAAAGAUAGUUGA